AUGCUUUCACGUGUUCACAAAGUGGGUUACUAUCUCUGCCUGUUUCCAAAGUUUGACCCAAACUCUCAGAAAGUUCUGAGACUAAAGUAUGAGAAAACUGUUGUCUACACCGUAAUCAUAUUUUAUUUAUUGAUGUCGUCUUUGUUGAUGUACCUACGUUACAGUUUGGUGUAUAAUUUGUUCCCAAUAUCACAAAUAAUCAUUGAGACUUCAACAACAAUCCUUGGACAAGUGUUGUGUGUUGGUGCACUAACAUCUUUAAUAGCUUGUGAUGGUUUGUGGACUGAUUAUUUUAAUAGAGUUAGUUCUUUAAAAAAUACUCUUAAACUAAACUUUGUAAUUUACAAAUUUAAAAUAAUCAUUAUAGCAGUAAGUUUGGAAACAAUUUGGUUUAUUGCCAAUACAAUUUGUACUAAGUACAUGUAUGGCAUAGUUUUACAUGCAUUUUAUGUGGAUAUUAUAUGGCAUGCAAUUUAUCAACUGACUUGCUCCUAUUUUAUUGCAAACGUUGUCAAAUUUAUCAAACAAUGUUUGAUCCAAACCAACGAAAUGUUGAACCAAACUCUUCGUGGCAAAGCAAACGAUUUACCAGAGAAAAUUAGACACACAGGCAUAAUUUACGAGGAGAUCAAAACCUUGAAUAAAACCUUCGAAGGUUUGUUUGGGUGGAGGGUGUUGCUGAUGAUCAUAGGUGGAGGCUUAAUAAUGUUGAACACGUUCAACUUCCUGAUCCAACUUCUGUUGACCAAACAAAGCAUCAUCAUUAUUUCCACGAGCAUACUCCUUGGACUGUUUGGAGUUAUUUCUCCACUGUGGAUAAUGCAGGAGUGUGACGAAACUGUGAAGGAGUGUGAGAACAUUGCAGCAACAGCUUUUAAAUACGAAAAGAGCUUCCCCUUGAACUCAGAAGAGAGGAGAGAACUCCUCAAUCUGGCCAACUGUGUCUUGCAAAGGAAAAUUGGGUUUACAGCUGCAGGAUUCUUCGAUGUGAAUCGCAGGAACAUUUUCUCUCUGUUUGGCACCACCACCACCUACUUUAUUAUUAUAAUACAAUUAAUUAAUGUUUCCAAUUGAUAUUGGCCAAUAAAACUUUCUUUGACUAGUUUUUCCCUUCUUUAAGUCAGUAGCAGAUAAAGAAACUACUAAUUUAAUUAGA